AUGGCCAUGUCUGUGAUGUCGAAUGUCUGUAGUUGGGACCUGGGUAACAUGGACGUUUUUAGACAUUUAUUGACCAAGUUUGAUAAAAAUGGCAUAAGCGUGUCAACAAAUUCCACAAAGAAAAAUGUUGGAGUAGGGUCUAGGCAGCAUGUUUCACUUGAAGAAGACAAAAUGAUUGUCGAACUGAAUUCUGGCGGAUUGACAAUCUCUUCAGCUAACAGCCGACUCAAUAUUUUCUUAUCAAUCCUGCAGGGAGCAUGUCUUGCCAACACAUGUUUUAUCAGCAGUUGUCAGCUGCUCAUCAUGUCCAGUCUCGUUCUUCUAAAUGACUUGCAACGUUUUAAUUGA